CAAUACAGCAAGCCGAACACAACAAACAAUAUCAUGUUUACCUCAAAACUUCAUCGUCCUUUGAUCGGCCUUCAUCAGUUCCAUCACCAGUUGCGUGGCGGGUUCAACCCCGUAAUAAGGGCCUGUUCGGCAACGACCGUUCCGUUCCGUUCGCCCAUACAAAUUGCCUUAUAGUUCCGUUCGCGAACGGCCAUUUUGUAUGUACGAACGGAACGGAACAGUCGUUGCCGAACGGGUCCUAAGACGUGGGUUCGCUACUACUCUUGUAUGUCUUAAACCAUCAGGGCUCUUGUUUUUACGGUGUCAUUACUUACGGAAUUCGGUGAUUAGAGAAACUGCGGGGAUGGUGAGUUGCCCAUCGAUGACCAGAACGUGGAUAGUCCUGCCCAAGGUGAUAGCAAUUCAGUUCAGGGUACAUCCGGGUCCGCAGCUUCUCCUAGGAGUGAGGAGUUUCAUCUACUCGACAAGGUUGGUUCUUACUCUACCGUCGAUGGACAUAUUGCUUUAACUAUUUAUAGGAUGUUACGAUUUAAAGAGUCAAGUCCACGAUAUCAAGCUCGACCUUAAGGAUCUCCAUCGCACCAUCGAUAAAGGAUUCGAUGACGUUCAUAAGAAGAUUGGCAUGAAGUUUGACCGCCUCAUGCUGCUCAUUAUUGGUUGUGUGGCUUUGAAGGGGGGGUUCGAUAUUUAUAGAGAGGAGCAUAAGGCCCUGUUUGGUUGCGCUGGUCCCAUUUCAUUAUUACAUACAAAUGACCAUUUUCCUUCCAUUUUGAAAUGGAAGAACAAAAUAGCUGUUUGGCAAUAGUAAAAGGCAUCAAUCAAUUCAUUUCAGUCC